AUGUGUUUGCAUGUCCAGUCAUUUUUUUUUUUUCUUUUGUUUUUUAAGCUCUUUUCACUUAUGGAUAUGAAACCUCCCAUCUCUAGAGCCAAGAUGAUUCUCAUCACUAAAGCUGCUAUUAAAGCAAUUAAGCUUUAUAAGCAUGUAGUUCAAAUAGUAGAAAAGUUCAUCAAAAAGUGUAAACCAGAGUACAAGGUUCCAGGAUUAUAUGUAAUUGACUCAAUUGUGCGACAGUCCCGUCAUCAGUUUGGAACCGAUAAAGAUGUUUUUGGGCCAAGAUUCUCUAAAAACAUUACCGCCACAUUCCAGUAUUUAUAUCUUUGUCCAUCUGAAGAUAAGAGUAAAAUAGUUCGUGUGCUGAACCUUUGGCAAAAAAAUGGAGUGUUCAAAAUUGAAAUUAUUCAACCUCUUUUGGACAUGGCAGCAGGAACCAGUAAUACCGCCCCAGUAGCAGAAAGUGUUACCAACAAUGAAGGCUCACCUCCACCUCCGGUAAAAGUUUCUUCUGAACCCCCACAAACCACUCCAAACUCCAUCCCCACUGUACCACAGUUACCCAGCUCUGAUGCCUUUGCUGCUGUGGCUCAACUGUUUCAGACAACUCAAGGCCAACAGCUUCAGCAGAUCCUUCAGACUUUUCAACAACCUCCAAAACCACAGUCUCCCGCCCUUGACAAUGCUGUGAUGGCUCAGGUUCAGGCUAUCACAGCUCAGUUAAAGACAACUCCUACACAACCACCUGAACAAAAAGCUGCUUUCCCCCCACCUGAACAAAAAACUGCAUUUGACAAGAAGCUGCUUGAUAGAUUUGAUUAUGAUGAUGAGCCAGAAGCUGUAGAAGAAUCAAAGAAAGAGGAUGCUGCUGCCGUCACCACGACAGCGCCUGCUGCUGCUGUGCCUCCCACACCCGCCACCGCCGUGCCGGCUGCCGCUGCACCCACUGCUGCCUCGCCGCCUCCUCCACAGGCACCAUUUGGGUUUCCUGGAGAUGGCAUGCAGCAGCCAGCAUACACACAGCAUCAAAAUAUGGAUCAGUUUCAACCUCGAAUGAUGGGAAUGCAACAGGAUCCAAUGCAUCAUCAGGUUCCGCUUCCUCCUAAUGGACAGAUGCCAGGAUUUGGACUUCUUCCUACACCUCCAUUUCCUCCCAUGGCUCAGCCUGUGAUUCCUCCAACUCCACCUGUGCAGCAGCCUUUCCAGGCUUCUUUUCAGGCACAGAAUGAGCCACUUACACAGAAGCCUCAUCAGCAGGAAAUGGAAGUAGAACAACCUUGUAUUCAAGAGGUUAAGCGGCAUAUGUCUGAUAACCGAAAGUCAAGAUCUAGGUCAGCAUCCAGGUCACCAAAAAGGAGACGAUCUAGAUCUGGUUCUAGAUCUCGAAGGUCUCGGCAUCGACGUUCUCGAUCUCGAUCCAGAGAUAGACGCCGACAUUCUCCCAGAUCUCGAUCCCAAGAAAGACGAGAUCGUGAAAAAGAGAGGGAACGUCGACAGAAAGGCCUUCCUCAAGUCAAACCAGAAACUGCAAGUGUUUGCAGCACAACACUCUGGGUAGGGCAGCUGGACAAAAGAACUACUCAGCAGGAUGUUGCUAGUCUCUUGGAAGAGUUUGGUCCAAUUGAAUCAAUUAAUAUGAUUCCUCCCAGGGGUUGUGCCUAUAUCGUUAUGGUUCAUAGGCAAGAUGCUUAUCGUGCCCUGCAGAAACUGAGCCGAGGAAACUAUAAAGUGAACCAGAAAUCCAUAAAGAUUGCCUGGGCCUUAAACAAAGGAAUAAAAGCAGAUUAUAAGCAGUAUUGGGAUGUAGAACUUGGUGUUACUUAUAUUCCGUGGGACAAAGUCAAGCCUGAGGAACUGGAGAGUUUUUGUGAAGGAGGAAUGUUGGACAGUGAUACACUUAACCCAGAUUGGAAAGGAAUUCCCAAGAAGCCUGAAAAUGAAGUUGCUCAAAAUGGAGGUGCAGAAACCUCACACACGGAACCAGUGUCACCCAUACCUAAACCUUUACCUGUGCCUGUCCCUCCUAUUCCUGUUCCUGCACCUAUAACAGUGCCACCUCCACAGGUUCCGCCGCAUCAGCCAGGUCCUCCUGUUGUUGGUGCUCUCCAGCCACCUGCUUUCACGCCUCCUUUGGGAAUUCCCCCUCCAGGCUUUGGUCCUGGUGUUCCUCCUCCUCCACCACCGCCACCAUUUUUGCGUCCAGGAUUCAACCCUAUGCAUUUACCACCAGGUUUUCUUCCUCCUGGACCCCCACCUCCUAUAACUCCACCAGUAUCCAUUCCUCCUCCUCACACUCCGCCAAUAAGCAUCCCAAACUCUACUAUCGCUGGUAUAAAUGAAGACACUACAAAAGACUUAUCUAUUGGAAAUCCCAUUCCAACAGUGGUGUCUGGGGCUAGAGGAAACGCCGAGUCUGGUGACAGUGUGAAAAUGUAUGGCUCUGCUGUGCCACCUGCUGCACCCACGAAUCUGCCCACCCCUCCUGUAACCCAGCCUGUUUCACUUCUUGGCACCCAAGGAGUCGCCCCCGGCCCCGUCAUCGGGCUCCAGGCGCCGUCGACCGGCCUCCUGGGCGCCCGCCCCGGCCUCAUCCCGCUGCAGCGCCCCCCGGGGAUGCCGCCGCCGCACCUGCCGCGAUUCCCUCUGAUGCCGCCUCGGCCGCUGCCGCCGCACAUGAUGCACCGAGGCCCGCCGCCGGCGCAGCCGCAGCAGCCGCCGCCGGCGCAGCAGCCUCCGCCCACGCAGCCGCAGCCACAGCAGUUUAGAAAUGAUAACAGGCAGCAGUUCAAUUCAGGUAGAGACCAAGAGAGGUUUGGAAGAAGAUCUUUCGGAAGUAGGGUGGAAAAUGACCGGGAACGGUAUGGGAACCGUAACGAUGACAGAGAGAAUAGUAACCGUGAAAGGAGAGAGUGGGGAAGAAGGAGCCCUGAGCGGGACAGGCACAGAGACUUGGAAGAGAGAAAUAGACGCUCUAGUGGGCAUCGAGACAGAGAGAGAGAUUCUAGAGAUAGAGAGUCGCGCAGAGAGAAGGAAGAGAACCGAGGAAAGGAAAAGCCUGAGCUGGCAGACAGGGCAGGUGGUAACAAAGCCGUGGAACCUCCCAGUAGCCAAGUGGGAGCCGUAGACACUGUUUCAGAACUUGCUAAGGGGGAGUCUGAGGCCGCGGUCGCAAAGCCUUCUGAAGAGUUGCCUGCUGAGGCUACCUCAUCCGUUGAACCCGCAAAGGAUUCUGCCUCAGCAGCAGAGGCUCCUCGCUAGAGACUGGAGUUGUCCACGUGCGACAGUGACACUUGCUGGAGUGUAGAGCUUGAGGUGUACAGAUGCUGUAUUAUACUUGCUCCUGCUAUAUCACGCCCCGCGGUAGUUGCUGGGGAGUUGUAAGCAAUUUGAUUGCUUCCCUUCUAUUUAAAAAUAGCCACAAAAUAACAAAAAAUACUGAAAAUAUGAAUAAAUAUUACCCUUUUUGCUGUAACUUUUUAAAAGUUUUGACUUUAAAAAGUUUACAAAUCGUAAUUAGAAGUGCUCUCUAUUUUUUUUUUUUUAAUUUAAGACAAGGUAACGGUGAAAGCUCCUCAAAACAAUAGGGAUGUUUUUAAUAAACUCUAUUUUCGUAACAAA